AUGGAGACCGACGGAUUAACCUCUGGCUUUGAUGACGGCGAUAUUGACCUCUCAGAUGAAACCCAAGAUUUCAGAUUCUUGGCCAACAUCACAAAAAAAGGUGGUGGUUCGAUCCCCAAACGUGGAGAAAAGGACUUCGAACCCGAUGGCACAAACCUCCAGUCUAACACACUAGACGACAGCCGAAAUGCCAUGUUCCAGGCUCUCUCCGUGGAGCGUUCACAUACUGGUAAAACCCGCGCGACAGCAACCUGGCACUCCACCCGCCGCCUCGCCCAAAUCCAUGAACAACGCGGUGUGCUAUUCAAAGCCAUGGGCCGUGCCGACAAAACCGGCACGAUGUGGCUGCUUCCUGAAGAAUUGAUGUAUAUGGUUGAACGCGGCAGUCUGGAGUGUUUCUACGAAGAAGAACAAGGACCACAGGAUCCUGCUGAGCCAGAACAUAAGCAGGGCAUUACCAUUAAUGUUCCGAUGAGCGUACAAGCUGUCUAUGCAGCCGCACUAGAAGCUACAGGUGGAUUGGAACGAUAUCAAGUCUAUUCGAACCUGAAAAGAAGCGGGUAUAUCGUUUUUCGCGAUCCGGAGGGACAGUACGAUGAGUUGUUCCGGAAUGUGGGGUAUGAGUAUAAAGCCCCUCCUCCAGCUGGAAGAGGAUGGAAUCUAUGGGGAUUAGGAAUAUUCGGGGCUUUAUUCAAUGGAACUUUUUGGGGACCUGGGAAGGGGGAUCCAUUCCGGUCUAUGCUUGCACCGGGAGCAUAUAGGAGUUAUGCGGAGAUGUAUCGACGGUUAGCGAUUCCAAGAAAAGAGGUCGAAUGGACGCCAACUACAAAGACAGGAGAGGAGGAGACAAAGAUUAAUCGAUUUACGGUUACAUAUCAUGUUUGGAAACCUCGUCCGAACUUCAAGAAAUCUGCGCCCGGACCGCCAGACUUUUAUGUUUGUGUGCUUUCGACACUGGAUACGAGGCUACCUUCAUUAGCGGAGAUGGAUGGAUUGUUCAAGGAUAUUCCAGAAGUGGAUAGAGCAACUGCAAAGCAGAGGGGAUUGUAUCAAGGGUUGAAAGAAGGAAGGAGGAAUGUGAUUCUGGCAACGGUGGAUUAUGGUGUUAUCAGCUAUAUGAAGUUUUCGGACUCGAGGUUUGGAGAUGAAAUGUUGGAAGUUGAUCCGCCUGCUAAAGGUAAAGGGAAACCCGGCAAUAAAGGAGGAAAAGGCGGGCCUCCUGUGAAAAAGUGA